CCCGCGCGCUCCCGCGGUGCCUCGCGGACACAGGGCCGGGCCGCACCGGGCACCGGGAGCGGCGGAGGGGACCGGACGGGACGGGACGGGAAGGGAAGGGAAGGGAAGGGGGGGGGUGGCCGUUGGCCGCCGCUCUUCGCUCACCGUCGCGCGUUCCGUUGCGUUCCAUCAACGUCACCGGUCCGCGCCGCGCGCGGUACGUCACAAAUCGUCGCCAAGGGCGGGGCGAGGCGAGGCCUAAAGCGAGGAGGGAGCGGGCGCGGCCCGCGCGGUGUCAUGGUGAGCGCGGGCCCGGCCCGACCCCCGCGCUGCUCCGCCCCGCUCCGCUCUCACCGCUGCCCUCCGCAGAGCCAUGGAGCCGGGGCGCCAGGCGCUGCCGCUGGAGAACGCCUCCAUCCUGUCCGAGGGCGCCCUGCAGGACGGGCACCGCCUCUGGAUCGGCAACCUCGACCCUAAGAUCACCGAAUACCACCUUCUCAAACUCCUUCAGAAGUUUGGCAAAGUAAAGCAAUUUGACUUUCUCUUUCACAAGUCUGGUGCUCUGGAGGGGCAGCCGAGGGGUUACUGUUUUGUGAACUUUGAAACCAAACAGGAAGCAGAAAAAGCGAUCCAGUGUCUCAAUGGGAAGCUGGCCCUUUCCAAGAAACUGGUGGUGCGGUGGGCGCAUGCACAGGUCAAGAGAUAUGAUCACAAUAAAAAUGAGAAGAUCCUUCCAAUCAGUCUGGAGCCAUCUUCCAGCACAGAGCCGCCCCAGUCUAACCUAAGUGUCAGUGCAAAAAUAAAGGCCAUUGAAGCCAAGCUGAAAAUGAUGGCAGAAAAUCCAGACGCGGAAUACCCCGCAGCACCCGUGUAUUCUUACUUCAAACCACCGGAUAAGAAAAGGACUACUCCUUAUUCCAGAGCUGCCUGGAAAUCUAGAAGAUGAUGCUUGUGAAUGGAGAAUGGUAGCGAGAAAACAGUGCUUUGUAUACCUGGAAUCCUCCAAUGCUUUUGUACUUUGUAGAGUGAGAAGGAUACUGCCACCCGAGCACGACACUGCUGUACAUGGCACAGUGCUUUGUUACACCUUAGGUGGUCUGCUGAAUACUCCUGACUGCCAGUGCAGCUUCACAGCUGAGCGCUGCUCAGAAAAGUAGGGUCCCAUCAAAGCCUCUGAUGAACACGCAGACAACCUCUCGUUAGUGUGCAUUCAUUAGCAAGAUUAGAAACAGUAACCAGUGUAUGGAGUAAAGCACAGCCAAAAAUACUCCAUUUAACUGAUUACUUUUUAAGUAUUUUUGAACAAAAAGUAUUCCGAUUCGUGUUUUUAACGAGGGGAAGCACUUGGUUUUGAUUAACAUUCUGUAGUUACCAUGGAAAACUUUUUUUUUUUCAUCUCAAUAAAACUCAUUUGAAAUAGAUUUUGCAACACUUUUAGUAACUGUGCAUGCAAUAUUCUAUAUGCACCAAAGCAAAUUUAUUUUGCAUUUUGAUUUGCAAACUUCACGGUGUUACUUGAUGAUGUGAUCACCAGAAGAGAAUGACACAACACGGGUAUUGUCAGUGUUAUUUAGGCUGUAGGUAUGUGCCCACAUGUAGGAAUGAGUGUAUUUACACACCGCUGAGGUCUGCGCUGUGCCCUAAGCUUCCCAGCACGGCAGUGGCACAUCUAAUGUUUGUGUUCAGUAAUCCCCUUCAGUGGUAGCUCUUCAUAAACCAGAUGUGACAGCGUGAGAAUAACGCUGCAGCCUCCGAGACAUCUGUCAAGCACAUGACCUCCAUGUCUGCCCACCAGCCUGCCCAGCUUCUGGUUUCCUCUGGCUGGUAAAGGUGGUCGGUUGCCUCUUGGUGCGAAGUGGCGCAAGUGUUUGUGGCGAAAUGGCUCUGCUGAGGGUUAUCUGCACCAGGUGCUUCACUGAUGAGUCUGAUGGAUGGCAUUUUGCUUAAGCUGUUUGAUCUGCAGCACAUUUUUCUCCCUAAACAUUACCUGCAAGUUAGAAAUCUGAGGGAAAACCCCCACGUUUUCUGGCAGUGUUUUCUCCUCGGUACACACAGUGCUGUGACUGCGUGUGCCAGGGGGAUGCUGGAAAACGUGUUCACUCAGGUCCAGGAGAUGCUGGUCUGAUUUUGCUGAUGUUCGUUCUCUCUAGUGUGUCAGUGGUGAAUCUGGAGGUGCUUCCCUGAGCUGGGUAACAGUGAGUGGUCUCAAACAAGAGGAGGAAAGUAGUUUUCAAACAGCCCGUGGUUUCCCUACGCUGGGAUUGCUCACUGGCAUAGCUAAGGUGCAUCUACAUCCAAGCAGAGCAUGCUUCCUGCUUCCAGUCCGCGCACCGGCCACAGAGCUGUGUGUGUCUAGGAUGGAUGGAUUGUUAGAAGCCUAAAUUGUUCAGAAGUAGGUCUCGUGCUGUUAAUGUUUGCUUUCUAGUUUUUGGGUACCUCAGUAAAGAGAAAAGUAGUAUGAGUGGGAGCUUGUACCCCUGUGAAUGUCACUAACACCCGUUACCAUUCCUCUGUGAACAGCCUGUGUUUUGUUCUUGCGUGGUCUGACGUUUGUAGCCCUCUGGAUCUGUAUCUGCUUUACUUGGAACGGUAAAUUCUGUUUCUAUAAGGAAAUUAGGAAAUACCUAGAUUCAAACCUAGAUUCCAGCCGGGUAUGUGGUGGUGUUCCCAUCGGAAACACUUUGAUAUUUAUUUGUAUUUAAAUAGAAUUUGUUGAAAUCCUUAUGGCUCGAAAUAAACAUUUAAAAUGCA